CCACGCCCCCGAAGCUCUCUGGCCCGCCUAGGCAAAACCACGAUGGGGUCAGCGCAGAGCCUCGCCCCGUUCCCUUAGUAACGGUCUCCGGAACGGAAAUGGCCACCUAGAGAUUUGUCGGACAGUGCCGGGUCUGGGCCGCUAGUUCCCAACUCAUAAGGCAUUGCAGCCCGAUAGACCCGAUGUUUCAUGGAACAAUCAUAGAAGAGCUAACCAAUCACAGAGAAUGGAGUCACUAUAAUGAAAAUAUAAUAGAAGAUCAAAAAGAUUUUGUUUUUGUGAAGUUCAGUGGCCUUCAUUUAAAAUCUAUGGAAAAUCUUCAAUCUUGUAUCUCUCUUAGAGUAUGCAUCUUCUCAAACAAUUUUAUUACAGAUAUUCGUCCACUUCAGAGUUGCAUAAAAUUAAUCAAACUUGAUCUCCAUGGAAAUCAGAUAAAGAGUCUACCAGGUACCAAAUUUUGGAGUGGAUUGAAGAAUCUAAAACUUCUCUAUCUACAUGACAAUGGGUUUGCAAAGUUAAAGAACGUAUGUAUGUUAUCUGCCUGUCCGAGCCUCAUUGCCCUCACUAUGUUUGAUUGUCCAGUAAGCCUUAAAAAAGGAUAUAGACAUGUUCUUGUCAACAGUAUAUGGACUCUCAAAGCAUUGGAUCAUCAUGUGAUUUCUGAUGAAGAAAUAAUUCAAAACUGGCAUCUUCCUGAAAGAUUCAAGACAUGUAACCACCGACUUCUCUUUAAUUUCUGCUCUGCUUUGAAAAAGGGAUCAACCUAUGAAGAUGAAAUUGAUAAUAUCAAACACAUUAUUUCAAAAGUUAAUGAAAUUCUGGCUCAUAACUCACCAGUUUUGAUUAUUCAAAGAUGGACACGUGGUUUCUUAGUUAGGAAAAAAGUGAGCCACUUGUUCUUGUAUAAAAAACGUGAAAAAUCUAUUAGUGAAUGUGAAAAAAGAUGGAUUUACAAGCACAAAGGAUUUGAUGAUAAACUCUUUAAGGAACUCUUUUUUCAGCCUGGAACUAAUAUAACAGAAAAGUUUGCACGCUGGAAAUAUAGUAUAUAUUCUCCUGUUGAUUUAAAAUAUUCUACUGAACAGAGAAAACAUGUUUCUUCUAUUUUAUAUGAAUUAAAAACAAGAAAACCAAGAUAUCUCAUUCAAAAAGGUCAGAAAGAGUCUGAAGAUGAAACUGAGGAUGAAGAAUUGGAUGUCAAUUUUAGGAUAUCAGUGUUCAAACUACCCAUACAUACUUUAGAUUCAUUGAGAUAUGCUGCACUAUUGAGAGCAAAAGAACAAGAUUAUUUUCCUAUGUAUGCCCAGCCAUUUUCUCCUGCUCAUCAAAAACCAAUAGUUAAAAUAAAAGACGUGCCGAUGGAAAAGAAAAUAAGAAGAGAGUUUUUGGCAACACACAGAGCUGGUAUGAAACUCCAAGCACUUUGUGAUGUUGAUAAAUAUUUCUCAGAACAAAAGAAGCAGGAAAGUAGUAAAAAUAAAGUAACAGCUGUAAGCAUGGCACAAAUAGCCCAAGAACGAAGUAGAAUAACUAUUAGAGAAAAUUUAAAUAAUAAAAUAUAUGCUACACAUAAACUGACUGCAAGAGAUGAUGAGAUAAUUCAGGAUGGUUUACAACAACUUUAUCAGGAUAGAUCCAGCUACCUUGAGAAAGUUAAAGAGAGAAGAGCUCAGUUCCUGAAAGAAAAAAAACAAAAGGCUAAAGACCGUUUAUUAAUUCAGAACCUAAAUAAUGAGCGCACUCUUUUGACCAAAGGAAUGACUGCAAUUGACAGAUUGAAGAAUAAGCAGGCUGCCUUGAAAGAGAAAAGUCUGAUUGUUCAGCAAAAACUGGCAACUGAAAAGUACCAAAGGGAUUUACAUAAACAAAUGAAGGAAAUUAGGGCUCAAGAAAUACAUAAAAGACACUAUGAAGAAAAGUUUGUUAAUGAUAUGAUUGCCUUUGAGAAAGCUUGUGAAAGACUUCAAGAUGCUAGAACAAAAGCUGCAAUUGUGAAAAAGAAGUUAGUCACUAAGGUUCCUGAUAGAAUGACAAAGUGAACUGAAGCCAGAUCACAUUCUGUGGUCAUUUUGAAUUAUGGCCAUUGUUUAGUUAAAGGACUUUGAAAUAAUACUGUGAAAGAAAAAGUACUCUAUGUCACAAGAUUGAUUUGUAAAUAUAUCUUCUAAAAUAUAAAGAAUAAUUAAAAUGUAUAUCUUCUUGAUCAUAAUUUAACUUAAAUCAAGUUGACUUGGCACACCUAAAGAUUCCUUAUAUAUCUAGAUACCCAGGGAACGAUGAAAGCUGACUUAAUUUAUUUCAGGAAUUAUUGCAAAGCCAUUACUUUUAUUGUUUCAUAUUAUGAGUUCAGCAAUUUGUAAUCUAUUUACAGCUUCUGUGGCAAACUUUGAAUAGUUUUUGUGGUCCCAACUGUUGACUUUUAUUGAGACACUGUGUUCAUUGAUCAGUUUC